GGUCGAUGGUCCUGUGGAAAGUUCUGGAAUGAAGCAGGAGUAGUAUAUAAUAAUAGGCCUAGUUCGUUGUUCCGCAUUCUGAUAACACAGUGAACCGGAAAUACAUAACAGCUGUUUCACUAUGGUGUAAACUGUAAUGUUCUUGACCUGAAAUUGUUGUCUGUUUAAACUCUUUGGAAGAUUUCUACCUCGGCGAUCUGAAGGACUCCAGUUAUUGCUGGAUGAGCAAAGGAGCAAACAUUCCUAAGGAUGGCCACUGGCAGCAAAGUGAUGGAAAAGCUACCUAAGGGUCAAAUGUCACAGCUCAAAUGUCAAGCUUGUGAUGAAGGGACACAGGCAAUUGCAAAAUGCAUAAAGUGCGAUCAUUUUCUGUGUCAAGAAUGUCAACGAGCCCAUCAGCGUAUGGGCAUCUUGAAAUCUCACCAAAUCCACACCUUGGGGUCUGAUUACGAGGAGCAAUCCCCCAAGACCUCAGACAAGAUGUUCACCGACACCAAAAAGAAAAUCUCCAAAAGUGCUAAAGCAGCUGCUGCAAGCGUCAAAGAGGAGGAGAGGAAACUAGCUGAAGAGGCAGAGCAACCUCAUGAGGAAGCAAAGUGGAAACUAAACAAAUCUAUAACGACCUUCCAGUUGAUGGAAGAGAAAAAAACACUCCUCCAUGCGUAUGACGUCGCAGCCUUCUCCAACAACGAUAUCAUCUUGGCAGAUAUUAAAAACAAAGUCUUGGUAGUAAUCUCAGAAAGCAAGCCCCACCCGGAACAACUAGACAUCAGAGGUCUCAAGAAUCCUCAACGUAUUGCAGUCAAUAAAGAUGACCAGUUAAUUGUGAUUGAUCAUCAAGAGGUAAAGAUCUUCAACAGGCAAUAUGAAUUACUUCGUCGGUUCGAACCAAAAAGGGGGAAGGUGUCAUACAGCACGCUGACUUGUCUUGCAGUGGAUGAAAAUAAUCAUAUAGCCGUUGGGUGCAGAAACAAGGCGAAGGGCCUGGAGGAGAUAUCUCUUUAUGAACCAAAUGGAGACUUAAUAAGAAGGCUACUUGCUUCUGGGAUAGGUAACUUUUUGAUGAUUCAAACACAGUUGUGCAUCUACUGGAACGGUGACAAACUGCACACGAUGGACUACAACGAAAAAACAGUGCGUUCAACGAAUAUCGGUCGAUCCGGUAAAACCCCCUUUCACCCUACGGGUAUGUGUUUUAUUAAGGGUAUCGGUUUGUACAUUGCAACGCGACACUCUUCCCCUUCUGAACCAGGCGAGAUUCAUCAGCUUUAUCCUGCUGAUCAGCAAACAGAGUGUGUUAUACAAGACUGUCAACAUCCACAAGGCAUGACAGUCACGCCAGAUGGUCAAUUGGUUGUGGCGUGUGAAGAUUCUCUCAAAAUCUUUCACAGAUGGCCGUCCAGUCUCAAGGAUCUCUUUGUUCAGGAAGAAGUCCCAACAAAUCAGGAUCAUGUUGACCCCAGGCCACAGGGAACUUUCCAGUGUUCAUCCGACACUUCCAACUGUGUCAUUUGUAGUGUCCACAUCAAACAAUCAACCUUCUUCAAGAGCAACAAGAAAGAUACCCAAAUAGAGCAUAAGACAAUUGGUCAUAUCACCUGCACCACCACUAAUCUCGUCUAUCUCAUAUCUUGCAAAAAAUGUGGUUUACAAUAUGUAGGUCAAACAAAAAAUACACUCAAGAAGCGUUUCUAUAAACACAGAUCCACAGUCAAUGGCAAGAAGGACACAAUAGGAGAACACUUCAGUCAGAGCGAUCACUCUAUUACUGACAUGAUUUUACAAGGCAUUGAGGCACUAGGAUUAAGAGGAAACACUAGAAAGGUUCGCACGGAAGAGGAGACAAAGUGGAAAAAAAGGCUUAACACCAUAACACCCUCUGGUCUGAACAAAAAGUUGAAGGACUAAAACAUUGUCUUCACCUUCUCCUUUUAGUCUGCCUCGUUCAUUAUUUAACUACUUUUCUGUCCCUCUUCCCACCAUUGAUUUUGUUCUUUGUGUAUCCUAUCUCCUGUGACCAAAAAAACCUCUUCCUAAGUAACAAAACUUUGCAUCAUGUGGAUAAAUAGGAAGAAACUAAAAAAUAAAUAUUUAUUAAUACCGGGACAGUUUAUCCAGUCUGAUUGGUCCAGAGGCCAUCACGUGGAGGCGUGUAAGACAUCAGUAAGAAGGCGUGACAGAGGAGCUUAUGUGUGGCGUUAUUUUAUGCAUAACACAAUCAACAUAAAACAAGAACUAUGCGCACAUACGCAUAACCAUUGAGCGCCAAUGCCAUUGUUGCGGUUUAAAAAAAAAUUGAUUUAUUUUACAGAUUUCACUUAUGAAAUCUGUAAAACAAAUCAAUUGUUUUGCAUAACUUUAUUAUGCUUUUUAACAAAAG